AUGAUAAGACAUUUACUGGACAACGUGGUGGAGCGCGGGAUGCCGCACCAUUAUUCCACUGAGAUGUGGGAGCGCACGCACAAGGGCACGGUCAAGGGUCCAGUUAGAGGGAGCAACUGGAGCGACAUUCCGCGCCGAAUCGUGGAGGAGGAGGUGCAGAGAGAGGUGUACCGUGAGGUGGCUGCAGACGCCGGCGGUGGGCGGCAGUAUGCGUCUGCAUUGCGCGAGGUUGCGGCUUGUUGUGGGAACGUGGUUGUACACGUGCAGGCAAUCAAGACGAGGAAACCGGUGCUUACAAAGAAGUAUCGGAUCAUGCGCAUAGGCGGGGCGUCGGAUCCGGUGUACGAUGAGUACACAGCCGCGCUUGGAGACGAGAUGAAGGGGAUGGCCGCGGAGUUUAAGGCGUUGGACCUGGCUACCAACAACGUGCAGGUCCACACCGCGGUGGCCAUUCCGCGCACAAGAGGCGGCGAGCUGGUGGCCAAAGGGACGUUUGUGAAGGCAUCUCCACAAGAGAGGUGGUACUCGAACGUGGCACUUCUGAACAACAAGAAGGGGGACUGGUAUGCAAGAUGUCUGUGCAUCUUCAGGGCGCUUGACCGUGAUGGGGAGUGGAAGGGAUACGCAUACGUGAGGUACUACGAGAGGGCGGGAAGCUGCAAGCUUACAGGGUGCACGCAGCUGCACAAGAAAGUGGAGAAGGUGAGGUAUUCGGUGGUGGAGCUGGGCAGCCUGCAGAGAGUUGUGCACGUGUGCCCGUCGUACAGCAACAACAAGGGACUGCUGGCUACUGCGCACCCGGACGAUGUGUUCUGCUUCCACGAGAUUAAUUUUCUUCCGAGCCGCCUCCCGAAGACAUACAUUCCAGACAAGCGUAAUGUUUGCGAGCGGAUUGUCAGCAUCGGCAUUCUUUACAACGCGACGGGCAGUUGUUCCGCGGUGCCACUGGUGGUCCUAUCGCCGUACGAUAGGCCCGAGCGCAGGCGGGGGCGCGCGGCAUCGCGCAUGGUGGCAGUCCGAUAUACGCACCGCGGCCGGUUGACUCCGGAGGUGUUCACGGAGUUUGUGGAGACUGUCAACGGUGUGCACUUUAGUCGUGAUCGCAACACACUCAUCCUAACCAUACACGAGGCGCAUCGCAUCACCGACGAGGUCGCGCGCCCCGUCUCGGAGCACGGCUUCAGUGUGCAGCACCUCACCAACACCCGUGUCGUCAACAUACGUGGGUCGGUUCCCGAAGGGGGCCUUCCGCACCUGCAGGGAGUGGAGGACGCGCUGAAGGCCCAUUACCGCAGGAGCUGGUGGCGCGCCGGAUGCGUGCCGCCGAGCUGGCCGCCGCUGAUGGCGUACCUGAACGACACCAGCGCGACGGGCAUGUUUGAGCCGCUCAUUGCGACUUGCGUCGAGCUGCAGUUGCUCAUCGAGAAGUUUAAGAUGAGGCCUGCGUGCUACAUGACGGUGGCGGAGUUCGUCAACUGCGACGCGGGGCUCUGCGUGGAGCAGGGGUUCGUUGCCACACCUGCUGCAAGCGCGUCGGAUGACUCGUCGGGCGAGAUGAGCCUGCCAGACGGCCCGCUGCUGCGGGACGAGCGCAGCAGGCGGCGCGUCAUUCGCAACGUCACAAACGCGUACGUGGAGCGUGCCGAUGAGCUCGGCAUUCCCCCGGCCCUCGUGCCAGCAGAGGUCGGCGCAUCUAACCAGGAGGUGAUUUCCCGCCUCGGCAGGACGCCAGUUAAGCGUGCGCGAGCGGGGCUGCGCACGGAGGACAUGGCAGGCCCUUCGGAGCGCAAGGACGAGGACGACGAGUGA